UACAGUUUCAUAAAGGAGGCUCGCGGGUGUUUUGCCUUCAAGGCCGGAAUCCUUCUCUCUAGGGUUUAAAGCGGGGUUUUCUUCGUUUCGAUUUCAAAUCUUAAAGAAGGACCUUCGGCUAACCAGAUACGACCCCUUCUGAAAGCAGAUAACAUAAUGUCAUUUUCUCUUUUCUCGACGCCACAGCAACAACCGCUGUUUCAGCCCCCGCAGCAGCAACAGCAGAGUAGUUUGUUCCAUCCACAGCAGCCGCAGCAGCAACCGCAAUUGCAGCUCCAACAGCAGCCGCAGCCGCAACAACAGCAGCAGCAACUGUUUCUCUUCACUGCCGAUAAAACUCCUGCUAAUUAUAGUACCAAGUGGGCAGAUCUUCAUCCUGAUUCUCAGAAGGUUCUGCUUCAGAUCGAGGAGCGGAUAUUGGAGUAUAGGGAUGAGAGCCAGAGACUGGAUCAGUGUGGUCGUCUCUAUGAUUCUUCAAUUUCAAACGAAGGGUUUGAGCUUGAUGCGAGCCACAUCGUUCAGGAACUUGGGGGAAUCAGCACUGCCAUGGAACGACAGAAAACUUUGUUGCACGAAUUGAUGUCUGUUGUUAAGGAUAUGUUACGCAACACAGAGGUUGCUAUUCGUUCUUUUAUGAUGUUACGUCCAAGGUUCCUUCAACCCAGUGGAGGGGGUGCUUCAAGUGCCACAGCCCCUUUGCAGACUCCUGGAUCCACUGUAACACCUAGUUCAAGUAGCCAACCAACAACUACAACGAUAGUGCCUGUUUUUGAUUUUUAUUACGGGCUUCCAAAGAAACCAUCACCUUUUUUACAGCAAUCAGUCUUAAGAUUUGAGAAGUAUCUGGGUGAAUGCCGUCAAUGGAUUGAAGAGUUGGAGCAGCUGCUUCUUUUAGACUCUGAGAAAAAUGGUUCUAAUAACAGAUCCUCGCUGUUGCAAUCCCUUCCCAAAGUCAUGACAAAUGUGCAUGACUUUUUUGUUCACGUGGCUGCGAAGGCGGAAAGUAUUCAUCAGUACAUUGAAUCUAUGAAAUCAGCUUACCUAGCUGAUCAACGUCGUUGGGGGGAGGUGAAUGAUCCCUUUUUAGAGGCUGAUCGGCGAGAAACAGCAAGACAAGAAGCUGCCUCAAAAAGAGUUCAUCCAACACUACACUUGCCUGCAAAUACACAACCAUCAACACAAGUUGCUGGGUUGUUUUCCAGCUCAGGAACUCAAGGGACGUUGACUGCCACACAGACAUCUGCAGCAACCACGUCAUCUUCAUCGGGAAGUGGCCUUUCACUUUUUAGCACACCAUCUUCUGUUCCACCUUCCUCUACCCCAUCUUUGUUUACAACACCAACGACUUCUGCUCCACCACCCUCUUUGUUUGGUUCAUCUAGUGCUACACCCCAAGCUGCAGCGUUUAGUUCUUCAUCUUCCUUAUUUGCUCCUUCUUCCUCUCCCUCUCUUUUCAGUAGUUCUGCCUCACCAUUUGGUACGAGUACUGGAGGGUCACUCUUUUCGAGUCCAUUUGCUUCAGGUGCUGCAACCGGAUCAGGGGCAAGCUUUGGGGCGGCAUCGAAAUCAUCAAGGCCAAAAUCCAGAACUACUCGAAGAUGAUAAGUGUCAUCUUAUGAAAUUGGCAGGCUACUGUUUUAGUACAGAAGAAAUAUAUGCAUUUAGUCUUGAAAAUAUCGGUGACAUGGUCCGUGCUUUAUUUGAAUCUGGAUUGAUCUUGAGGGGCCGAUGCUGGAUUACGGACACCAGUGCAUCUUGCGAUCAGGUCCUUCCAUGAAACAAUUUGCAUCAAGGUAUUAUUGGGUUCGUUUUCCUGUAACACAAUCGACAGUUAUACGCUAGAUCAUUUUUUUGUAAUCACAUUUCGUUAACUACCCAGCUUUUCAGGACACCUGACUUGUUGACUAGGCCUUGUAGUGCUUAAGAAAAAUAGUGAACCUGAGUUUAGCUGAAUUUCAUUAGCUGCCUUGACAAAAUUGGUUUUGCUGGCACUGCUGGCAUGAAGCAUGUUUUUCUGAAAGUCUCAAGUUUGCUCUUCCUGGGUUCCCGCUUGAGCUUGAUAUAUGAUUUAUUUGUUUUAAACUAUUGUAGUACUGUGUAAUUGGUAGGCAGUUUGUUUUGCGUGCAUUUAACGGAGAUUUCAAGUUUUCAA